AUGAUUUUACGUUUGUUCAUCCUGCUACCGGUGCUGGUGGUGGCACUGUUCCUGUACGGUGCCAUCGUAAACAUCGGCUACAUCGAGGAGAAUCGAUGUCGUAUGACGUACAUGUUCGAACAUCCGCAAUAUACACGGCUGCCCGUUCAGGGAAAUGAACGAUUCCCGAAGUACGGGCUGUAUGCGUACUCGGAGGGUUACAUUACGCAGCGGGUCCAACAGCGUAUCUUUACCGGUGCACCGGUACUCUUCGUGCACGGGAGUGGCGGUUCGUACAAGCAAGUGCGCUCCCUAGCCUCGGUUGCACUGCGCAAGGGAAUCGACAACAACUGGCAGGCCCAUUUGGAUUAUUUUAGCGUGGACCUUAACGAGGAACUAUCCGGCGUGUACGGUGGAUACCUGCAGGAUCAAACAGAGUUUCUUGAACUGUGCAUACAAGAAAUUGCCCGUUUGUAUGGUGCCCGUGGCCGUUCCAUUCGCAUGUUUAUCGUCGGACAUUCAGUAGGAGGAAAACUGGCCCAGGCUGUCGUUGCACAGACGGGAGUACGGGGAAAUAUCGCUCGGCAUAUAACGGGUAUAGUGACCCUGUCGGCACCGGUCGAUAAACCGGUCGCACUGCUCGAUCAUUACCAUCACAGUUUCUACGAUCGUAUUGAGCAGGCAUGGAGAACGAACAGAUCCGUGGCCGGGGAGCUGAAACAUUCUUCACCGAAAGCAUCACUCGAUGGCAUUCUGUUCGUCACGAUCGGUGGCGGAAUCCGGGAUAUAAUUGUGCACGACGGGCUGACCUCGUCACGGUAUGCCGAUUUACACGCGAUGACCCACAACAUUCCGAACGUAUGGCUUUCGGUUGAUCAUCUGUGUGCGAUGUGGUGCCUUCAGUUUGUGCUGGUCAUGAACCGAUUCCUCUUCAGCAUGGUUGUCCCCCAGGGACGCAAUAGCUUUGCGUUCGUCGAAGCGAAACAGGUGCAGCUAGAUAAGGCGAUCCGUUUCUUAUCACAACCAUUUGCCAGCUCGUUGGAUGAUGACGAUGAGAAUGAGCGUGUACCGGUUGGAAAAGAUAAAGAGAUAUCGCUGGUCCAACAUUACCCGGAACAGGAAGAUUGGAUCGAGGAUAUCCGACGGUCGUUUACCGAGCAACAUCGUGCCGGAAUGCAUCGUACGCGCGUUCAAAUGAUUCGUCUCGUAUCGGACAAAGCGUUCCAUCGAUUUUUGCGCGUGGAGGUCAUCAAUUCCGAACAGGACAACUGGCUGUCCGGUUGCGCGGCAGUGGAAAUAUACGGCAACUCGCGCAUGUGCCAGAAAGCGGGCUCACUCGCUAACUACACACUACCGGUUCCAUCGUCGAAAUUUGAUCGUUUCGGCGCUCUGUUGGAUAUGCACGAGCUGAAACGCAACAACCCGUCCUGGACGCACGUACUCGUGAAGAUUCCACGCACCAUUAAGCCAGUCCAGUUCAGUGUGGAUAUAUUUAACCCGGACGAAAGGAUGAUACACCUUACCAUGCCGUACUGGUUCGAUUAUCGAGCUCAUACUAUCCUCCAGGAUGCAUCGCCGGAUGAUUCGUUCUAUAGGAUAAACAUUCGUGGGAUGAGACACACCUAUCAGACCAUUGCGCUAGAUAUUACUGCCAUGUCGUGCGGUGGCGUUAAGGGAACCGUUGUCGUGAAAGUGCACGUUCCAUGGGCCAGCGGGUACGAUCGUUAUGCGUUCCACGAGGAACUGAACCAAACUACCGUAUACAUUUACCCACCGAUUGAGAAGCCACCUGGAGGGGAAGGAGAAGAGGAGGUGCCAAUUCAACUAGACGUGCAUCUUACACCCGGAUGCAAGUAUCGUAUACGCUACGCACAGUCGUUACGCGUCAGCAUUGCGCGUAUUGUGCAGCAGCAUCUAGUGCUCAUACCGGCACACUCCAUUGCACUGCUGUUGCUCGCCUUUAAGGAUCAACUGUCACAAACCGCCCACGACGAUCCGGCAUUCGUGGUCGGGAAACUGCGCAGCUCGUUAACCAAACCUGGACCGCUAGUACUGUUGCUAGCGACCAGUUCCCUCAUCGCCAAGUUCCUAACUCUGUUUAAAGCUAUUCCCCGCGUGGAACAGCUCGCCACACCGCUAGUUGUUUCGAUACUCAUUCACCUGGUCUCGCUCGGUGUGCUCGUAAUCGCUACGCUCGGUCUGUGGGGUGCGAUCGCUUUCUGUGCCAAUUUUGCCCACAAAAUUAUACUGCGAUUGAUAGCGCUGCCGAUACCGGUCAUGUCCUCUACAUUCCUGUCCUGCAUACACAAGUUCCCGGUGGCCAUUGCCGUGCUGCUGAUAGCGAUCGCACUAACUGCUUGCGGUGGUGUCAGUUUGCUGUGUGCGGCCGCCGUUUACUUUGUGCUACUCUCGAAAGCGUAUGAAGAUUAUUUGGAAAACUUCGUGUUUCAUACGGCGCGCAAAAUAGCGGCCCGCCUAUUCGGUGCACGGGAACAGACCGAACGCGACGGCAAACGUAGAAGACACCGGAGACGGCCGGCAAACGAAACUGGAGAUGAGCUGAUGGUGAUUAACUUUCAUCUGCCACUGUUUUUCUUGGUGAUUAUGUUGGCCCUGCUCAAUGUGCCAAGUGUUAUUACCUGGGCCAAGAACUAUCACUACGCGAACACGCUGCAACCGGACCCAUCGCUAGUGCCGGCACUGAUCGUGCUGGUCUGUUUGGCCGUCCUGUGGCAGCUAAACACGCCCCGGAACGUUUACGGGUACGAACUGUUGGCCGCCCUGCUGGUCAUAGUGGCCUUCGUAUCGGUGCUCUAUUGCCAAGUGCACGUAUACCGACUUAAUUAUUCGAUAGGAUUAGUAUUUCUCGCCAUCACCGUACACCAAAUAAUUGCGCCAAAACGACGUGACGUCGUGGAGAUGGAUGUCGCUGAGGAGAAGGAAUCGGAUGGGAUCGUGCAGCAGCAAGCGGAUCAGGAGUCUGCAGCGGAUGAGAAGUAA